AUGGCCAGCGUGCGGGGCUUGUGCAUGGAGCUUGGCAAGAGACUGUCCAUCGAAGGCAAUAUCGCUGUAGGGAAGUCCACAUUUGUAAGGCUGCUUAAAAAGGCAUUCCCAGAAUGGCACAUGACUACAGAACCAGUUUCCAAAUGGCAGAACGUUCAAGCUGCUCAAUCCAAUCAGGCCUCGUCUUCUCAGAGUUUUGGAAACUUGCUUCAAAUGGUCUAUCAGGAGCCUUAUCGAUGGUCCUACACAUUCCAGACUUACUCAUGUUUGAGUCGGCUCAAAGCACAGCUGCAGCCACUGCCAGUGAAGCCCCAGGAAUUUGUGCAGAUUUUUGAGAGAUCUGUGUACAGUGACAGGUAUGUCUUUGCAAAGAAUUUGUUUGAGAUUGGCCAUUUGACAGAGAUUGAGUGGAUAAUUUACCAAGACUGGCACACCUUCCUCCUUCAAGCAUUUGGGAACCGAGUUGCACUUGAUGGCUUCCUUUAUCUCCGGGCGUCUCCUGAGGUAUGUCUAGAGAGGCUGCGCCAAAGAGCGAGGCCUGAAGAGAAAGAGGUCCAGCUGCGCUAUCUAGAGCAGCUUCACUCCCAGCAUGAAAACUGGCUUCAGACAAGAAGCACAGAGAUCCAUUUUGAAAAUCUAAGAAAUGUUCCAGUAUUGAUUCUUGAUGUUGCCAAGGAUUUUCAGAAUGACACAAAUGAGCAAAGGAGACUUGUGAGCAUGGUGGAGACUUUUGUAAAGAACCUCUCCUCUGAAGCUUUACCUUAGGUUCCUAUUCUGUGAGCAAAUGGCCCUGAGCAGCCGCACAUCAAGAGGCCAAGAGAAAACCUUUCUUGACCCCAGAAGGUAAAAACCAGCUGGAUA